GAGUAGCACAGCUGGGCUCUCCAGUGAGUUCCCAAGACUCACUGCUCUUCUCACAGGACCGUGGGACAGGCUGCUGAGCAUGUGCCCGAGGCUGGCUGAGGGGAUGCACCUUUUGAUCAGGGCCAGAUGAAAGCGGAGGAGGCACUGUGCCUGGGCGCCCCGAGGGAGUUGCCUGAAAAGACACAGUGUGGCCCAGGCACGCCAAAAGCUGGACCUCAGGGAAGUGUUCCCUCACGUUUCUUUUCCUUUAGGAGAUGAAGAGUGAAAAAGUGCAGGGCAGGGGCUUGCAGAGGGAGAGCCGAAACCCUCAGACACCCAGCACCCUGUGUUUCUUGACUGGAAGUGGCUCCAAGCUCCCCUUCGCAUGUGGUGGUUUCUCAAGCAGGAAGAAAAGGGGCCAGGGCAAAGUCCAUGAGAAGAAUCUUUCCAGAAGCUUCCAACAACUUCCUCUCAGGCCACAGACCCGUCCUUGGCCAGCCAUGGGACAGCCCAGUGUCCACCUGCCCACCAGGCCCAGCCUACCCUGGCCCCUGGAAGGCCUGCCUCCGCCAGACUGCUCGCCUCAGACCCGGCCUCCCCACAACGUCCCUCAAGGCGAGGGUGUUCCCUUCCUUUUCCCCUGGGUGAUUUCCUGCAGCCAUGGCUUCAUAAACCUGUACAACCUGAGUGUUGGACAAACAGCAGCAGUUACUACUGUCCCCAAGCAGGGCUCUGCAGAGCUUAUUUCUGUACAAAAAUAUGCAAAAAUGCCUUGCCAAGAGCUGCUUGGCUCCUCGUGGCCACACAAUGUUCUGCUCUUCCUGACUGGGCUCACAGACUGUGAGGGAGCCGCAGUCAAGGCUCUUGCACUGAGGCAGGAAAGUGACCGACAUGUUGCCACGUUCUGAACUGCGACAGGCUUCUGAACACUCUUCACGGGUGUAAAAAUAGGUCUGGAAAAAAUCUGAAUCCCACAUGUGCAAUGUCCCCUUUCAUUGCUCCUCUAAAGAACAGUUUG